AUGGAGGUCGUCGGUGGUGUGUCGGUGCCAGGAAUAGACUUGCAGCAGCAGCAGCAGCUGCUGCAGGCUGGUGCUCUCCAGGCGCCGCCUCCAGUGAAGGUGGAGCGACUGAAUCCUGCGUUGCAGCAGCAGCUCAACCUGGAGUCCGUUAGGACGCGGGCUCUCGGCCUCUCUAACGCUAUCUCUAGAAUUCUCGAGGACUUUGAUACCAUCGCUCGAACCAACGCUGUCCCAAAAUGGUGAUUUCUGUUUGUCCUUUCGACGUCGAAUUUGAUAAAUACGAACAAAAUUUAUUGUCAUAUAAUUUUCUCUCGACUUGAAAUUGAAAAUAUGAAAAAAUUAUAUGCCCACGUUAGUUUCAUAUUUUUUUCAUCAAUGGCAUAUCCUUCUCGGCGUAUUAUUCAGGUAUUCUUAUUGUUGCCGACAUUGAUAAAUGUCAACCAUGUUUUCUGUUUCUCCAUCGUUAGAGCAUCGUGACAAUGGGAAAGUGAUAAAUUUCAUCUUGACUUCAAAUUGAAGGUGUUCUCAUAGUUCUUCAUCUAUGGAAUUCUUCUCUGAGCAUUAUUGACCUGUUCUAAUGAACUAAAGGCCUUCCAUGGGUUUUUUUUCUUCAAGGAGCAUCGAGUUUUACCCAGUAAGAAGUAGUUUGUUAGAUUAGGUUUGAAUUAUAUUUUCACGCAUGCUAGCCACAUAAUUUUGGUAUCACGAAGUCCUAAGUUUUACAGUAACUGAACAACUAUGGAAUGAUAAAUGCUGUUGAUAUGACACAUUGCCAUCGCAACAUUUCAUGCUGUUUUGAAUUGUCAUCUGCCUGAUUGGGAUGAAAAUCAAAACUAGAUAUAUCCAAAUACCGGGUAAACAGAAAUGGUUUACCUGCGGGAACGAAAGGGAAUAGAGGAGCCUUCUCUUUAGCGUGUUGUUCAAAAUGCUUUUUUGCAGUUCGACUAAACCGGGAGUAUCCUGAAAAAAAACUACUACAAUGAAUUUGGGGUUAAUAUGCAGGCAGGAGGUUCUGGGGCAGUUUUCCAUGGUCAAUUUGGAGCUCUUCAACAUAGUGGAAGACAUAAAGAAGGUUUCUAAAGCAUUUGUUGUGCACCCAAGGAAUGUUAACGCAGAAAAUGCAACAAGUAUGUUCUGUUGCUCCAUAAUUGGCUAUAAGUGACAUUUCAAUUGAUAAUGACCAGUGUGAUACCAGUUAAACCUUUUGACAUAAAUAACAGGUUCAUCUAGGUUGUUAUAGCUAAUUGUUGUUACUAUUUUUUAAUGGACAGUACUUCCUGUGAUGCUUUCAUCCAAGUUAUUACCAGAGAUGGAAGUUGAAGAUAACUCCAAGAGGGAGCAGUUAUUACAUGGAAUGCAGAACCUUCCUAUACCCAUGCAAAUUGAAAAGUUAAAGGUGCUUUGAAGUUAUAUAAGGGUUUCUUUUAAUUUAUUAAGUUUCCUUUUUCAAUCUAUCUUUAUUUACAUCCUGGAGGUUUCCAGGCUAGAAUUGAUAUGAUUGGAGCGGCAUGUGAGAGUGCUGAAAAAGUAAUAUCUGAUACCCGCAAGUCUUAUGGCUUGGGUUCACGCCAAUCAUCAACACUUAUUCCAACUCUGGACAAGGCACAGGCUGCAAAAAUUCAAGAGCAAGAGAAUUUGCUUAGAGCAGCUGUCAACUAUGGUGAAGGUGUCUCCAUUCAUCACAAGUCCACAUUGUUCUUUUCGUUAUGCAUGAGAUAAAACUCUUUAAUUGAUUAAGGAUGGCACACUUCUGUUAAAGGUUUACGGCUACCUGUUGAUCAGAGACACCCUUCAUCGCCGUUGCCUAUGCAUUUAGUGAAUGUGGUUCCCUCUAGUGAUGGAUCACAUAACUUUGGAGACACAUCUGGUAAAUAAUCCAUAAUUUAUCUUUUUGAUUUUUUGUAUUCAAUCAUUUAGUUGACACACCUCAGUGGUCUCGAUCUGCUCUUCAGUUCUUCCAAGCUGCUCAUUUAUUUAUAAUGAGAUAUUGAAUGAAGCUAAUACUACUGCUUUGUGAUCAUGGAACCCACUCGCAGGUGUGUACUCAAAGAGCACUCCAUCUUCGUUCAACCCUGGGAGUGUUAAUUCUCAGGUUGGCACCAUGCAGGUAUGACCUAGUGGCAUUAAUUUGCAAGUUAUUUACAAGGUACUGGUUUAGAACUUGCUAGAUACAGGUCAAAGAAAUAUGUUGCCAUGCAUACCUGCAUGAUGAGUAUGUUAAUCUUCCUGUAACUUUUAAAAGCUUUCUGAAUGGUCCACUGCUUUACAAAAAAUUACUAUGGUAGAGAAUUGAUGAUAUGCCUCAAGAUUGCAAUGGAUGUGAUUGAAGUCGUGCAUCUCCUGAAAAUGUGUACGCUUGUCUUAGUUGUUAAGGUGAUCAAGGAGAUGGCCUACUACCUCACUGGUCAGGUUACAAAGUGAAGUGCUCAGCGAAUCUUAUUUUUAAUAAUCGUAACGCACUAAACAUCUAAUUUGUCUUGCUACUUCCGCUGUGGUAACAUACAAAUAUGAUCAUUCUUAUUGUUGCUUGUAUAUCAGAAAGCUUGUACUCUUUGAAGAAAAGUGAAAUCACUUUAUGUGGAUGCAUGAGCAAUGCUGCUUGACGUUUGAAGUAGAGUAUAUAAUGGGUUUAUUCGCUUUCAUCGCAAUGUUAGGAACUUUUAUCGUGGCCUGUUCAAAGUUUGACAUUUUAGACAAUGUGUUGCUAGGAAUUUUUUGUUACUGUGAUGUAGACAUUUGUAUGUUAUGUCAAUCGGAGUUAUUGAGAAGUACAUAAAAAUGGAGGCACAUUUAUUGUGCAAACUAAAUUUAUUGCAGGUUUCAGGAAGCCAAUUCGUGGGGAGGUCAGUUCCAUCACCUGGGGUCACCUCGUUUGAUAAUGCGUCCACUCCACCUCUUCCACACGCCAACUCACCUAGGUCAUCAUCAAACAUGAUGAAUACACCUUCACCUCAGCAACAAACACAACCGCAACAACAGAGGCAGAAGAUGGUGCAGUUACCUCAACAUCAGCAACAACUCCUUGCUCAGCAGCAAUUAAGACAAUCUCCGGUGGCAAGUGUAUUAGGCCAUGUAAACUUUUCUAUUUUCAUUUGAUUUAGUGAGAUAGGGAUAGCAAUGGUUUGGGGAUGCGAGAGAGUACCACUGCCUGGGGAAAUGUAAUGGAAGGGAGGCAGGUGGAGGGUGAAGAGACGGUCCUUCCAUGAUUGCAAGAAGGAUUGAUGGGUGGGUUAUGUUUGCCAGAAGAAGGGACAACGAAAAAAAAGGGGAGGGUUGAGGGGGGGCAGUGCGCUGGUCCUCUGGCUUUAGGAUUCCAGGUACUUGUGAGGUUGGCUCUUAGAAUCAUUGGGCUCAAUGCGCUGUGUGAAUAAUUUAUGGCUUUGACAUGGUAGAUUUUCUAUUGUCUUGAUUUUAAAUAUUUCAAUAAUUUUUCUUAAUUUUUCAGAGUACAAUGUCUCAGUUACAUGAUCUACCAGGGCAAUCCCAGCAAAAAUUUCAGACGGUAUAUUUUUUAUUAGAUUUUUUUAUCAAUUCCAUUCAAAGUGUUGCUGUGUAGCUUUUUAGAAAUUAAAUUUAAGAUUAGAAUUGAUGCUGUUUCUAAAUUAAUUUCAGAAUCAUUUACAUUUCGCAACAAAUUUUCGUUGGUUCAGGUAUCUGGGCAGCAUCAGAUGCAGUAUACUCAGUCACUGGCACAACCACAAUUCCAGAACAGGCAGAUUCAAUCUGGACAUCUUCAGCAUAACAUGGCACAAAAUCAAAUUAACCAAGGCAAUCAAUUAAGGAGCCAUCUGGGUCAAUUUGCUGGGUCUGCUAACACCAAUUUGUUUAAUGCAGUACAAACAUCACAAAAUUCACAGAUGGUUAGAUCCUUAACACAUUUUCUUCUUAUUUUUGCUGAUUUGACUGUAUCUUAGUCUUCCAUCGUAUUCCAUUCUUUUAGUAAUCUCUCACUAUGAUUUCGAUUCUUUCGGAACAUUAUUGCUCAACCGUUCCUGUCAAACCUAGCAAAAUGUUCAUUCUGGCUGCUAAUUGUGGAAAUAAUCCAUAUCUUAAGAAGAUUUCGACCUUAUCACGAUUUCGAAUCUAUUCCCAGAGCAACGCAUGGCCAAGGUCCCUGAAUUCAUCCGACUUAAUAGGCAAUCCUUAAAAUUCAUCACUAGUUUUCGUACAUUUCAGUUGGUACUUUAUCUGAUUCCGAUUUUGUGUGUGGGCAAGGCACUGGUUUCAUUGUUGUUUGAGAAAUAUGUGAAACGAUUCUGACUUGUAGAUGACUCCAUUUUUAUUUUUUUAUAAAUUUAGAUGUUAUUUCCAAUUCUUACAAACUAAGUGUGCCAACUAGAAAGAAGCCUCUUUGUUUUGAUUUCCCUGCUAGCCAUUGAAAAAUUGUAAUUCUAUUUUUAGAUAUGUAUCAGGAUAUCUGUGAUGAGAUGAAACUUAGUUAGUAUUUUUCUUUUUGUUUUCCAGAUGUCAAACAUGUCGGCUUCAAUUCCAUCACAGUCUCUUCUGCAAAGAACGCAGGUAGUCCUCACUCCUUAUGCCACUUUUCGAACAAUAUCUAAACUUUAAUCUUCCUCUGCCUCAUGCUUGAGAUUGUAUCAACUUGUGAGUUUUUGUUCUAUUUUCCUCCUAGCUUAUAUUCUCUCUCUCUCUCUCUCUGAAGAAUCUCUCUCUCUCUCUCUCUAUAUUGUUUUCCCUUGAAAAAGAGUAGAGAGAGAGAUUAAUAAAUGCAAAAGGAACCCACCAUCUUGUUAUCAGAUGGUGGGUUCCUUUUGCAUGAGAAGAAUCGUAUACAUCCCUUUUGAUCCAUCAGUUGGGUCGUGGGCCAAUCCAUCAAGUCGUUCCCCUGCAUGUUAAUUCACCACUCCUCGGUCAACGCCUGACUUCAUCACCAUCGCCAGGAGUUUCCCCUCUCCAUGCCCUUCCAUCUGAUAACAAGAUUACUCACUGAAGCUGAAAUUCUUUCUACUAAUACCAUUCAUCUAAUUUAUUAUUUAUCUGUACCAGAUCUUUGCUAGCAUCUGUAGAUCUUGGAGAGAGUAUCCACAUUCCUGUCGAUUUUUUUUUUUAAUUAGACAAAUCAAGAACUUUAUGAAGCUUAGAAUCUCUCUCUGGAUCACCCACAAACACGGGAAAAAAGCUGUCAUCUUUUCCAAUUUUGGGAUUGUGACCGUUCUUGCCCAAGAUUUAUGGGCACAUGAUGCAACCUAGAUGACCGGAGAUUAAUGAGAUAUGGCUAUUGAUUAUCUGGGUAACAUACAAUCUGAUGUGGUAUUGGGGAUAAGACAAUCACUAGACUCAGAGAGUUUCGGAGAUGGCUAGUAGCCUGUCAGCCAGACUCAUGAGGUUCGGCUGAGCCAGUCCGAGUUGGGCCUGUGCAUGGAUCUGUGGUUUAUUUAUUUCGUUAUUCUACAAGGAAAAUAAUAUUUCUAAUAUUUAUAAAUGUUAAUUUACCUUUUUUAUGUUUUUCAGUAUGGUUUAUCCAGCGGCCUUUCUCAGCGGAAUCUCCCUUCCCAAAUCCUAAAUGACCAAAGUACGUGGUAUAUAUUUUUUUUCUGUCUAUUUUUUAUUUGGAUAAUUUCAGAAAUAAUUGCAGAAUCUACUGUAUUCAAACCGAUUUAUUACUUUGAUAUAAAAAAAUAAUAAGUUUUUUUGAUAAAAACCUUCAUUAUUUAUUUCCUACUCUUGUUAAUUCCAAUUAUUUCUUCCAGGAGAGAGUAAUUCACUUUUGUGAUCUCAUGAUUUCUGCUGAAAUAAAUGGAGGAAAAAAUGGAAAAUAUUUCAUUUUACAUAAUAUUCGUGGAAACCAUGGGACAAUCACUGAUCAAAUCUUUCUCUUUCUUGGUGGGUGAUCAUAUGUUCUUCCAGCAAUGUUCAACAUGGGCGGCGGGUCAAACCCUGCUGGAGUGGUGGGAAUCCAGCAGCACGGCAUGAACAUGGGUGGGAAUCCUCAUAGUCUCCAGCCAGGGAUGAACACCCAGAGCCUCCAGCCGGGCAUGGGAGGUCUCCAGAGCUCGGCCCAGAACCCUAACUACCCGCAGCAGAGGCAGCAGCAGAACCAGCAGUGA